UUCAUCAAAGAUUUACUCGAUAUGACCGGUGAGUCAAUUUCGUGCUACUGGAUCAUCACAUGGCGGUUCAUAUCGCCAGUCAUUAUGUUCGUGCUGUUUUUCGCCUCCGUGAUCAAGUCUUUUGUUGAUUUACCGAAAUAUUAUAUUUAUAAUUCUGCAACAAGCCACCAAAGUGCGCAAGCGUAUCCCGAAUGGGCCUUAAUUGUAGCAUGUUCGAUGGUUGUAUUUGCAAUGGCUCCAGUACCGCUGAUAUGGUUUGUUCGGAAAUUCAAAAUCGUAAAUCUGGAAGCUGAUAUACCUACGGUACUUUAUGCAUCCAUUUAA